UUUAGAGGUGACCAUGACAUUAUGAUGUUUUGAAUGUGGGAUGUUAAUUUUCUCGUUCAUAAAAAAUUAUUACUAAUCAAACACAUUAUUAAAAUUAAGCUAUUUCCUUCAGCGAUUAAAUUAAAUUAUUCCUUUAAAAAGCGGAUUUUACACCUCUAAACAAUAUGAUCAUAUUUAUCAGUGAACUUCAAAAAGAUCAUCUUAGCUUACUACAUGAGCAUACUUCCCAGGUGCUAGUGGAUUUUUGUAAACUAACUUUAGACUACCUAAAUAAUGGAAUAAAUGAGACAAAAUGUUCUUUAGCUGCUGAAAAAUUAGGAGUGUCUUCAAACAUAAUUCAAAACUUGAUACAAGCAUUAGCCCAUCUUAUAUUAGAAGGUUGUAAACAUAAUCUAUCAGAGCAAAAUUUUAAAUCAUCGUUAGCUAUAGCUGGCUUUUCGGAUGAACAUCAACUGAUUUUGGUAAAGUUUUAUGUAACAAAAAAAGCUGAAUUGUCUGCUGCUCUAAAUUUACUUCAGCAAAAGGAUCCAAGCUAUCAAGAUUUAGCUUGGAGGUUUGAAGUACAGAUGGCUUCAAGAAAAUGUAAAGAAGAAAUAAAGCCUACAGUUACCAUGGAUUUUGUUCUUUCUACCCCCAAGGAUUAUGAUCAGAGUAAAGACUUACAUAACUGUAUGUCCAACACUAGUUCCGCACCAGUCCCAGAGAUGGCAAUUAAUUCAACUAUACAAGAAGCUAAAGCUGCAAGUCAGUGUCAAAAUAUUAUAAACCAUGUUCUACUGCAGUGUGAUUUACCUAAUUUAAUUCACCUCACUAACAGAUUGAGUGAAGCUUUAAAUGAAUCUAAAAGCCAACAUGUACGGAAAAUUCAGCGAGCUUUGUAGAUUUUUAUUAUCUUUAAGGAAAAAUAUGAUUAUAAAAAUGAAAUAUUACUAUGUAUAUCUUGUAUGC